AGAAGGGUUCGGAAGGAGGGAAGCAGCUCUCGGAAGCGCUUUACACCUGGAAUGGGGUGGUAGUAAAGAGGAUGCUCCAACUCCAGCCAUUCCCUUCCCAAAGAGGCCAUAACCACGGUAUAAACCCAUAGUAAUCACAGUGUAGACCUAUAGUAAUACCAUUGUAAACCUGUAGUAACCACGUCCCAAAGCAUUCCCAAUGGCGUUCAGAGUGGGUGUUCCUGUAUCAUUCCCACCUGGAGCAAAGCAGGAGUUGCUGUGUAACACUUCCCUGUGGUGUGGAUCCAUCUCAACCCCAAUGUAAAUCCAUUCCUCCUUGGAUAGUGGAUCCAGGGGGUUGAGAAGUGAAUCCAAGGGCAAAUUCCAUGCGGAUGCAGGGCUUGAGGUGCUGCUUCUCUCCACAAAGCACCUCAAGGCCAUGGAAUGCAAGGGAUUACAAGAGGUGGGAAAGCAUCCUCCAGAUGAAAAUUCCUAAAGGAAGAGUUACUCCAAGGUGGGUGCAUGAGGAAGAUUCCCACAUGGAUCAUGGCUGGAAAACCUGGAUCACCCCUGCAUCCCUGGUGUCCUCCCUCCUUACUCCCUGGAGCAGCUGCUAUUCCCAGCCCUAUUCCAUCCUUUACAGGGAGCAUUCCUACAGCUCUGCAUUGGAAGCCUUGGAAGCAUACAUUGAGGACUUCAACCUGAGCCAAGCGUCUCCCUGUGGAAGCAUGGGGAAGAUCUGCAUCCAUGGGAGCAUUCCUAAGGAAAUCAGACUUUCCAACCACUAUGCCAAGGAAAAACAAGGUUAAAAGAAGAAGAAGUGUCAAGAUCAGCAAACAGGAAUGCAAUAACAAG